CUUUCUGCAAUUUCAACAGAUGAUUAGUUUCAAGAAGCCAAUUGGAAGUGUCACAAUUUCUGGCCACAAGUUCCUAGGAUGCCCAAUGCCUUGUGGUGUCCAAAUAACAAGAAAAAGCUACAUCAAUAAUCUCUCAACAAAUGUGGAGUACAUUGCUUCUGUGGAUGCCACUAUUUCUGGUAGCCGUAACGGUUUAACUCCAAUUUUCUUGUGGUAUAGCUUGAGCGCAAAAGGUCAAAUUGGCCUGCAAAAGGAUGUUAAAAGAUGUCUCGACAAUGCUAAAUAUUUGAAAGAUCGUCUUCAAAAAGAAGGGAUAAGUGUCAUGCUGAAUGAGCUUAGCAUCAUAGUUGUACUUGAAAGGCCUCGUGACCAUGAAUUUGUCCGACGUUGGCAACUUUCAUGCGUCAAAGAUAUGGCACAUGUUAUUGUUAUGCCAAGCAUCACACGAGAAAUGCUUGACAAUUUCAUCAGUGAAUUAGAUGCUCCAUCCGUGUUACAUAUUUGCUUUAACUUAAUUUUUGCUUGA